CCCAAAUUAUAGGUGGAAGUUAAAAGACUCAUUCUAUUUGAAGAACCUUAAAUACGGGGAAUUUGUUACUUCAGAUCUUCACCUUGUAUAGAAAAACCAACGUCACCUAAUGUGUUUCCAUCUCCUUCAUCAGCUAACAUAGCCACCACUAACACCAUUCUUUUCCUUCUCUCUUCCCUAUCAGACGACCUUCACCAUCGUACAUGGUUGUCUCCGCCACCACUCUCCGGUAUCGAAUUCCUACGUUAAAGUUGAUGAAUCAAAUAUAAGGUUCCAUGCUCCCAUCUGAUCGAACCAUCGCACAACCAUUCACGGUUUGCGUCAUCCCUUCAUCGCUUCCUCCUCCUAUCUCUAUCUUCUUAAUUGUAUCUGUGUGUGUGGUAAAUUACAGAUUUAGGAAUAAAUAUGGUGAUCAAGCAUGGCUCGAUUUUAUAGAGAUGUUUUCUCCACCACUUGUAAAUCGAUUUAUGAUUUCCUAUAAAUUUUUGUUUAUGCUUUUCAGUGUGAAACCAGAUUCCACACUUUAAGGUUCAUUGAAUAAUACAUACAUUUGGGUUUACGUAAUGAACCUCAGAAUUUGGCCGAAAAAUUAUUGAUGUGGGCAUUCCUCCUUCUUCUUCUUUCUUGGUCUGAUGAAAGAUGUGGUUUUGGUUCUCGAUGGUGCUGAGGUGCACGUCGGCUGGAAAGGGGCAGUUCGCAUAGGUGGUCUCGGUGGUUUAUGGAGGCUGUAAUGGGUUGCAGUUUCCAGCACUCGCUACGAUCUUCACCACCAACACCACUCUUACGGUGACACCACUCGCUACGAUUUUCACCACCAACACCAAGCGUUCUACUGGUUUCAGAUCCAUAUAAAGGAGAAGGAGAGAUCGAGAGAGAAAAAGGCAAGUCUGCUUCCACCAUUCUUACCUACAACCACCACAAUCACUAAACCACCGCACACCUCUCCUACCAUUGCCUACAACUGUCUCUCUGUUUUUCAAUUAGAAAACACCGUUCGUCAAAUCCCUCUCUUAAUGCCAACGUACCUGUCAUUCCCCAGCCACCUGUACCGACUCCAUUAUUACCUACCGCAAAAUCUCGAAGUCUAGCCACCGCAGUAGAAACCCAAACGCCACUGUUGAAAGUCCUUCUCUUAGAGUUUGAUUCGAAUUUCCCUAUGAUUUAACAAAACACCGCUUUGUGUAUACUGCAGGUUUGAGUUGGGAAAGGUGUUUGGAGUUGGGGAUAUAGGUUGAAUUUGGAGGGUUCUUCUGCAUGCCAUCUGAUAUCAAGACUCCAUUAAGGUUCUUAAACCAUUUUGGAUUUAAUCUAAAAUGGUUUCAUUUAGGAAACGAAAAGUGGAGGCAUCUGAUGGAGGUACUUCACGAUUUUACAUCCUUGCCAUCUUACUUAUAUAUGUAUAGGCACCACCAAUUUUUUGGCUGCAGAUUCAAAAGUUAACUACAGAUUAUGUUUAAAUGCCUGAUAGACUACUAUAGAUUUUUUCCAUGGAGGGCAUUGCUAUUUUUGGGGUUUGUUCACUGCGUGAUAACAUGAAGCAACCGGUGAUGAUGAGAGGGUAUUUCUUAUUCGUCAUCUUUAGAUUACUCAAGGUAUGUGAAUAUUGCAUAACAGCUUAUUUGUGUGCUUUAUAUUUUAGUGAUCUUUACUACUAUUUUUGCAUAUUUGGUUUUAAAAAAAGUUAAACUGUAGUUGGUUGAAGUUUAGAGUUAACUAUAAUUAUCUCUCAACAGAUUAUGGAAUUCCUAAUUACUUUUAGUUCAAAUUACUAAUGUGUACUGUCAAACUUAAUUCAUUGAUUUCUGAUUUUGUCAUAAAAAUUUGCAAGUUUUUCCUAUAUUAGAAGAAUAGAUUGUAGUUGGUUUCAUUUAGUAACUUUUUUUCUUUAUUUUUUACUUUUGAUUUAAUGUCCACAAAAGGAAUAUUAUGUAAUGUCACAAUUUCUUUUUGUUCAUCGGGUUACUUGCUCUUUUGAAUAUUGAAUUUUUGUGAUUGUUAACAAUCUGACCCUAUUUGAUUUUUAGCUUAUGACGUACAUGAACAAAAAGAAUUAAAAGCACUUCAUUGGCAUACUAAUAUUUUCAGGAAUGUUCAUUUCUUCAACUAUUUAUUAUCAUACAUCUUUUAAGAUGCUACUGCAGGUAAUUCAUAUAUGUUAACUGUUCUCCUCAAUCGACUAUUUUGUCCCCUGAAUAUCUUGUUGCAAUUAUCCCUUGGUUGUUGAUGUGCAAUUGACAAAAUUGUCAAUGAAGUUUGCAGCUUGUGAGCAGAUGGAUGAAGUGUGGUGGUGUGGUGUGAUCUAUGUUGAACCAAAAUAAAAUUUACAUGUGAUUGUAAAGUGAUACUUCAAUGGUGCAAAGUGUAUUGAUCCAAUUGUUUUGCGUUAUUGUGUACAUGGAGUGAUCCAUCAACUGAUUGGAUACUUUAAAUAGUUGGUUGCUAUUUAAAGUUUAAAAAAUAAUAUAUGUCACAGGAGAGCAAUGGUGUUUCUUAAGAUUAGUUUAGAGGAGUAAUUUCUUAUAGGAUUGAAGGCCAUUGAUGUUUCAUAAAGUUGACUUCCAUUCAAAGCCUAAAAUAGGAAGUUUUGUUGUUUCAUCAAUAAUACGGGUAAUGUACAAUCGAGGAAACAAAAGCUUUUAUUCCAUGAUUUAUUUAUUACUUAAAUUACCGAAACUCCAUUACACUAUGGAUUUUGGUAAUUAGAAGCUUAGUUCAUACUUGGAUCCUUGAUCGGGGAAGAAAAGCCCAAAAUGCCUCUCAGACUCAUCUCCUUCUUUCAAAUUCUCAUUAAACAUUGCAAACAAAUACGUUUCUAUAGAGUUUUCAGGCCUUGCCGGUGUCCCAUUAUCCUCUUUCACAUGUUCAAUCAAAUUCUGAUAAUAAGUUGCUGCGUUUUCCGGUGUUGCUACCCGAUGACCAUACGACGGCCAUCCACUCUCCGACACAACAAUCUUCAAAUCGCCUCCACCAAGACGUGUUUGAGCUGCAUAGUGAGCAUCUAACAUGGCGUCGAAAAGGUUAGAGUACACUAAACCAUUAUCGUUCACAAGUGGACCCGAUGUAAACAGUGAAUACGGGAGACUAACAUCAGGGUUA